AUGUCCCUCCAAACUCCCCGCAUCCUCCCCUCCCACCUCCACGCCUUCCACCCCUCCUCCGCCGGCCCACGCACCUCCCAUACCGUCCGCAUCCUAGGAACAGUGACUGCUUUGCGUGGCGACACGGCGACUAUGACGUGCGGAAACCACGGCGAUGUGACGCUCAUCUUGAAGCCCGAUUCGCAUUUGCAGAUGGGCAAGUUGGUGGAGAUUAUUGGGAAGGUGGCGGAUCUGGAUAAUGGGAGUGGCGUGGGUAUUAGAGUCCUGGGAAGUACGGAUUGGGGGAGUCCCGCGGAUUGCGAUUACACGAUCUAUGAACAGGUCGUCAAUGCUACGCAUAAGCUCAAGCCUAUCUUUUAUGAUGAGUGA